AUGCCUCAUGUCAUUGGAUGCAUCGAUGGAACAUCUAUUCCUAUUCGAACACCAGCUCACAAAAUUAAAAGCACUUAUACAAAUAGGCAUGACAUGCCAUCGAUUACACUACAAGGAGUGUGUGAUUACAAAAAAAAGUUUAUCGAUGUAUUUACUGGAAUACCCGCAAAGAUCCACGAUGCCAGAGUAUUUGUUUUAUCUGAUUUAAGUAAAGAUCUACCAUCAAUGUGUGAAAAUAAGUACAAUUUACUUGGUGACGGAGCAUAUCCUAUUCGAGAAUGGCUACUUGUACCGUACAAAGACUAUGGAAGAUUAACUGAAUCACAGAAAACAUUUAAUAAAACAUUAAGUUCCACUAGAGUGCUGAUUGAAAAUACAUUCGGUCUUCUCAAGUCCCGCUUUAGGCAACUUUUGCAGUUGGAUAUACAUUCUGUCGACAAGAUAACUAAAUUCAUAAUAUCAUCAUGUGUACUGCAUAAUUUAUGUAUAGAUAUGGAUGACCAUAUUGAAUUGAGAGAUGAAGAAAAUGAAGAAUUACUCAAUGGACCUGACGACACAGUGUUUGAAACUGAUAUGUUACUAAAAAAAAAUGGUGAAACGAAACGAGAUGCUAUAAAAAAUAGCAUGCAAUAUCAAUAA